CCCGUGCGUGGCAGCGGCCCCGCCGGCCGCGUCGCCAAGUUUCCAGUCCCGCGAGCGCCGCCGAGCCGCCGAGCGUCCCCAGGCCCCGGCCAUGCGGCCCCUCCUGCUCCUGGCCCAGCUGGGCUGGCUGCUCCUGGCAUCAGCGAAGGGCGAUGCGAAGCCGGAGGACAACCUCUUGGUCCUCACUGUGGCCACGAAGGAGACGGAGGGCUUCCGCCGCUUCAAGCGCUCAGCCCAGUUCUUCAACUACAAGAUCCAGGCGCUGGGCCUGGGGGAGGACUGGCCCGUGGAGAAGGGGCUGUCUGCAGGGGGAGGGCAGAAGGUUCGUCUGCUGAGGAAGGCUCUGGAGAAGCACGCAGACAAGGAGGACCUGGUCGUUCUCUUCACUGACAGCUACGACGUGGUGUUUGCGUCGGGGCCCCGGGAGCUCCUGAAGAAGUUCCGGCAGGCCAGGAGCCAGGUGGUCUUCUCUGCCGAGGAGCUCAUCUACCCGGACCGCAGGCUGGAGGCCAAAUACCCGGUGGUGUCGGACGGGAAGAGGUUCCUGGGCUCUGGAGGCUUCAUCGGCUACGCCCCCAGCCUCCGCAAACUGGUGGCCGAGUGGGAGGGCCAGGACAGCGACAGCGACCAGCUCUUCUAUACCAAGAUCUUCUUGGACCCCGAGAAGCGGGAGCGCAUCAACAUCACGCUGGACCACCGCUGCCGCAUCUUCCAGAACCUGGACGGAGCCUUGGAUGAGGUCGUGCUCAAGUUUGAGAUGGGCCAUGUGCGGGCGCGGAACCUGGCCUACGACACCCUCCCUGUCCUCAUCCAUGGCAACGGACCCACCAAGCUGCAGCUGAACUACUUGGGCAACUACAUCCCGCGCUUCUGGACCUUCGAGACGGGCUGCGCCGUGUGCGACGAGGGCCUGCGCAGCCUCAAAGGCAUCGGGGAGGAAGCUCUGCCCACGGUCCUGGUCGGCGUGUUCAUUGAGCAGCCCACGCCGUUCCUGUCCCUGUUCUUCCAGCGGCUGCUGCGCCUCCACUACCCCCGGAAACAGAUGCGGCUGUUCGUUCACAACCACGAGCAGCACCACAAGGCGCAGGUGGAGCAGUUCUUGCUGGAGCAUGGCGACGAGUACCAGUCUGUGAAGCUGGUGGGCCCGGAGGCGCGGAUGGCGAACGCCGACGCCAGGAACCUGGGCGCGGACCUGUGCCGGCAGGACCGUGCCUGCACCUACUACUUCAGCAUGGACGCCGACGUGGCCUUGACCGAGCCUGACAGCCUGCGGCUGCUCAUCGAGCAGAACAAGAAUGUCCUGGCCCCGCUGAUGACCCGCCACGGGAGGCUGUGGUCCAACUUCUGGGGGGCGCUAAGUGCGGAUGGCUAUUACGCCCGCUCCGAGGACUACGUGGACAUCGUGCAGGGGCGGCGUGUCGGCGUCUGGAACGUGCCGUACAUCUCGAACGUCUACUUGAUCAAGGGCAGCGCGCUGCGGGCUGAACUGCACUCCCCCGACCUGUACCGCUACAGCAAGCUGGACCCCGACAUGGCCUUCUGUGCCAACCUCCGGAAGCAGGAGGUGUUCAUGUUCCUGACCAACCGGCAUUCAUUUGGCCACCUGCUGUCCUUGGACAACUACCAGACCACCCACCUCCACAACGAUCUCUGGGAGGUGUUCAGCAACCCCGAGGACUGGAAGGAGAAGUACAUCCAUGAAGGCUACGGCAAGGCUCUGGCGGGGAAGCUGGUGGAGAUGCCUUGCCCGGAUGUCUACUGGUUCCCCAUCUUCACGGAGGUGGCUUGUGACGAGCUGGUGGAAGAGAUGGAACACUUUGGCCAGUGGUCGUUGGGUGACAACAAGGACAACCGCAUCCAGGGUGGGUAUGAGAAUGUGCCAACCAUCGACAUCCACAUGAACCAGAUCAGCUUCGAGCGCGAGUGGCACAAGUUCUUGGUGGAGUACAUCGCCCCCAUGACGGAGAAGCUCUACCCCGGCUACUACACCAGGGCCCAGUUCGACCUGGCCUUCGUGGUCCGCUACAAGCCGGACGAGCAGCCCUCGCUGAUGCCCCACCACGAUGCCUCCACCUUCACCGUCAACAUCGCCCUGAACCGGGUUGGCGUGGACUACGAGGGUGGAGGCUGUCGCUUCCUGCGCUACAACUGCUCCAUCCGAGCCCCAAGGAAAGGCUGGGCCCUCAUGCACCCCGGACGGCUCACGCACUACCACGAGGGGCUCCCCACCACCAAGGGCACGCGCUACAUCGCCGUCUCCUUCGUCGACCCCUAACGGGCCAGGCCCCGCCCCCUCGAACCUUUCUUCUUGGCUGACGACCACUGCCCUGCAGCUCCCGGAGGCCUUGGGGUCCCAGGGAAGCCGGCCCAGCCUCAGGCUCCUGACCUCCCAUGGCUCUGGGAGCGCCUGUGGGGGUGACAGGGCGCAGGCCAGAGGCGGGGCCCUCUGCGACCUUGGGACCUUGCUCGCUCGCUCUGUUCACUCUGUUCACUUUGGAGAGACGCCCUCCCCACCCUCCCAGCUUCCUGAAAAGCAGAAUCCCCUUCCCACACUUCUUCCAGACUUGAGAACAGGGCUGGCCUGAGCUGCCUGGACAGACGCCAGGCCCCGGAGCGCCUCCCAGGGCGGCGGCGGCCUCGGUGACUUCUGCUGCCAGAGUCCGGUAGACAGAGACCUGGAUCAGCGUACAGCUCCCACCCUGAGCCGGAGACUGCGGAAGCCCCUUCCUCCAGGGCUCCUGUCGGGGCUGCGCACUGCUGUCCGCUGGAGACAGCGACUCAGAGAACCUCCCGGGAGACUGGGAGGGCAUUUGUGUGCCACAGCUCUCGGUCCUGAACUUGGCUUCUGCUGGGGCGAGGGCCACGGACAUGUCCACACACUGCCACGGGUCAUCCUGUCCCUGGUGCCUCCAGACAGAGGGCCAGCCGGUCAGAACUAGAGUUGCUAUUAAAGGUCUUUCCGACCA